ACAGCAAGCAAGAAACAAUAAUGGCCGCCUCGUCGUCGAUGCUCAUCCUCCUCCUGGCCGCGGCGCUCGACGCCGAUGCCAGGGCCACCAGCUUCUCCAUCACCAACCGCUGCUCCUUCAUGGUGUGGCCCGCGGCCACCCCGGUGGGCGGCGGCCGGGAGCUCAACAGCGGCGAGACGUGGAACCUCGACAUCCCCGGCGGCACAGAAUCUGCCAGGAUCUGGGGCCGCACGGGCCGCAGCUUCAACGGCAACAGCGGCAGAUGCAGCACCGGCGACUGUGGCGGCGCGCUGUCCUGCACACUGUCCGGCCAACGCCCCAUGACGCUGGCAGAGUUCACCCUCGGCGGCGCUAUGGAUUCCUACGAUAUCUCGGUGAUCGACGGGUACAACCUCCCCAUGGACUUCUCCUGCAGCACCGGCGUUGCGCUACGGUGCCGCGACCCCAGCUGCCCGGACGCAUACCACCAGCCCAACGACGUCAGGACCAAACCUUGCAGCGGCAACAGAAGCUUUCAAGUCGUCUUCUGCCCAUGAUGACCUAGAUCUUGUUAGAUUGAUCUCUCGUUCAAUGGGCCCAACGAUCCAUUGGAACCUUGACACA